UCCCAGGUGGGGGCGAUGGCGCCGCGCACACUGUUCCUGCUGCCGGCGGCCGCCCUGGCCCCGACCCAGACCCGCGCGGGCUCACACUCGCUGCGGUAUUUCGACACCGCCGUGUCCCGGCCUGGCCUCGGGGACCCUCGGUUCAUCUCUGUCGGCUACGUGGACGACACGCAGUUCGUGCGCUUCGACAGCGACGCGGAGAAUCCGAGGAUGGAGCCGCGCGCUGGGUGGGUGGAGCAGGAGGGGCCGGAGUAUUGGGAGCGGAACACACGGAACGCCAAGGGCAAAGAGCAACUUUACCGAGUCAACCUGAGGACCCUGCUCGGCUACUACAACCAGAGCGAGGCCGGCUCUCACGCAAUCCAGAAGCUGUCUGGCUGUGACGUGGGGUCGGAUGGGAGCCUCCUCCGCGGAUACCAGCAGUUCGCCUAUGAUGGCCGCGAUUACAUCGCCCUGAACGAUGACCUGAAAACGUGGACUGCAGCGGACAAGGCGGCGCAGAUCACCCGACGCAAGUGGGAGCAGGCUGGUGUUGCUGAGGAAAAAAGGGCCCACCUGGAGGGCGAGUGCGUGGAGUCGCUCCACAGAUACCUGGAGCGCGGGAAGGAGACGCUGCUGCGCACAGAUCCCCCAAAGGCACAUGUGACCCAUCACCCCAGACUUGAAGGUGAUGUCACCCUGAGGUGCUGGGACCUGGGCUUCUACCCUGCUGACAUCACCCUGACCUGGCAGUUGAAUGGGGAGGGGCUGACCCAGGACAUGGAGCUUGUGGAGACCAGGCCUGCAGGGGAUGGAACCUUCCAGAAGUGGGCAUCUGUAGUGGUGCCUUUUGGGGAGGAGCAGAAUUACACAUGCCAUGUGCACCAUGAGGGGCUGUCUGAGCCCCUCACCCUGAAAUGGGAGCCUCCUCCAUCCACCGACUCCAACAUGGUGAUCAUUGCUGGUCUGGGUGUCCUUGGAGCUGUGGCCAUCAUUGGAGCUGUGGUGGCUUUUGUGAUGAAGAGGAGGAGAAACACAGGUGGACAAGGAGGAGACUAUGCUCCAGCUCCAGGCAACCACAGCUCCCAGAGCUCUGAUAUGUCUCUCCCAGAUUGUAAAGGUGACACUCUGGGACCUGACUGCGGAGGGGCAAUGUGGAGAUGAUUGGGUUUCAGGGACUCCCAGAAUCCCCUGUGAGCUGUGGGUUGUUGGGAUGUUGACUUCACAGUGAUGGUUCAUGACUCUCAUUCUCUAGCAUGACGACAGCUGCCAGGAGUGGACUGAGUGACAGCCAGUGUGUUCAGGUCUCUCCUGUGACACCCAGAGCCCUCAGUCCUCUUUAGACAAGAGUGUCUGAUGUUCCCUGUGAUCCUAUGGGUUCAAUGUGAAGAACUGUGGAGCCCAGCCUGCCCUGCACACAGGACCCUGUCCCUGCACUGCCCUGUGUUCCCUUCCACAGCCAACCUUCCUGGUCCAGCCACACACUGGGGGACAUCUGCAUCCUGUCAGCUCCAUGCUGCCCUGAGCUGCAGCUCCUCACUUCCACACCAAGAAUAUGAAUCUGAAUGUUAACUUGAUUGUUAGCAUCUUGACCUGAGGGUUGAUUGACAGGUUAAUUAAAGAAUUGAGAAUAGAGUUUGUGGAGGAACUAAAUGGCAGAUGGAGAACCUUCCAGAA